UUAAGAUGUCUGUAAAAUUAGAUGAUCUCACUGGUAUGCUCAAUCUAAUUAGCCAUGAGAAGCAUAUCCAGCAUUUAGAUGAUUUGGUCACAAGAUAUCGCGAACUUGUUUGCCAACUGUGCACCGUCAUUGAAAUGGAGUGCAUGUCCGAACAGGAAUACAUUCUUGAAAUUUAUGAUGAAGCUUUUGGAACCGGCCAACGCGUCAUUAACAACGAGUUUCCGUUAGCGACUACUAGUGAGGAGUUUGUGGCCAUGAUUGGGAAAAUGGAGCGAUCAGUGUAUCGCCUUGAAGCUGUGAAAAGAGUUCUCAAAAUCUGUUUCAUUAACAAUUUCAUACGGUUUGAUGAUAAUUUCAAUGUUUGAUUUCAUUUGCUUACUAUGUUAUUAUCAAAUUCGACCAAUUAACAAAUUGUGAUUUCCAAAGUAGUUUAUUUUCAAUUC